UCCAUCGGCAACAUGUUCUACCCAAGGUCUCAGUCCAGCUCCUUAGCUCUACUCCUGACUUUCGUCCUGGCUUACGUCGGUGUUAAGGGGGACUACGAUUGGUAUGGCGAUUACUCGGGCUCCGAACUGGACUACAUCUUUGCGGACGUGAACUUCGAUGCAGUGUGCCCACCAGGUGGAUAUGCUGUCUGCGCCACCGAUGGCUACAACUACCAUCGAUUCUCGAGCAAGUGCCGCCUGGACUCGCAGAACUUGAAACUGUUGUUCGCCGGAAAGAAGGAACUUGUCCAAACUGACCUGAGCUACUGUCCCUCGUAUCCCGGGCAAUCGUGGAAUCCACCAGCGCCUGCUCAUGGCUAUCAUCCCAAGCCAGUUCAGGAUUAUGCCCCGGUUCGGUAUUCCUCAUCCUCUGGCCAGAACUCGUACGCCUAUGCCGCUGCCAGUGGGCCUUAUGGCGCCAAGGCGCUGGCUGAGGCUCCGGGCCCGUAUCCUGUGCCCUCUCCCUCCUAUUCCGUCUCGUAUCCCGCCGCUCCGGCUGCCUAUGCCCCGCUCCCCGUCAAGUAUCCUUCUCCGCCCUCGUCCUAUCCCGUUUAUUCCCAGGCUGUGCCAGCCUAUGCCGCCGUUUAUGGCAACGCUGGCACUGGAGGCAGAUAUCCUGGAUACCCCACCACAGCAGCAACAACCACAGCAGCAACAACCGCAGCAGCAACAACUACUGCAGCAACUACUACUACUGCUGCAGCAUAUACUACUACUGCUGCAGCAUCUAGUACUACUGCUGCAGCAACUACUGCUGCUGCAGCAACUACUACUACUGCAGCAACUACUACUGCUGCAGCAACUACUACUGCUGCAGCAACUACUACUACUGCUGCAGCAACUACUACUGCAGCAACUGCAGCCACUACUACUGCAGCAACUGGAGCAACUACUACUGCAGCAACUGCAGCAACUACUACUGCAGCAACUGCAGCAACUACUACUGCAGCAACUGCAGCAACUACUACUGCAGCAACUACUACUGCAGCAACUACUACUGUGGAAACCAACACAGAAACAACUACAGACUCAACUGGCGAUAAUUAA